AUGGCUCACCACCUGCUCUCCCGUGCCGCUAUAUGGACUUUGCAGUCCUCGACGCCUGAACUUCCGGCAGAUUCGGCCAUCCUACCCGACGAUGGUACCAUUGGUAUGGAAUCGGUGUUUGGCAAGGACAAGCGUCGCCUCGUCGAACCCCAAGACUUUGCUGAUGGCGGCAAGUUUCGCUCAAUCGUCAAGAUUCAAGCUCGAUUCAAUAGUGGCAAUGAUCAAACCAUCUGGAUGAUGGGCACAGGUUGGCUGGUUAGCCCAGACACCGUCGUAACCGCAGGACACGUUGUUUACGACUGGAGGAAUCGCUGGCAGGCAGCUAUCGAGGUCAAAUGCUUCAUCGGCUACUCUGGCCUUGCUUCUGUUGGCACAUCGAAAGUACAAGGCAGGUUUGGAGAACACGUGGUGACCAUAGCGCACUGGGUCAAUGGCAACAACAAACGCGCACAUGAUGUCGCCUUCUUGAAGUUGAACCGCCCCUUUACAGGAAAUCUUAGAACAAUCCCUUUCCAAGACACCCCUACUAACGGCAUCGGAUUACGGCUCGGUGUCGUCGGUUAUCCUGGCGAUAAGCAUUCUCAACAUCCCAGCGGAGAUGAUGACGAGGAGGGUGCGCAGAUGUACGAAGAAUUCACUCGCGUCAACUACAGCAUCCAAGACAGUCAGUCUGGAGCACCAAUCCUUCAAGCUACCAAUGAUGGAGGAUUCGUUUCUAUUGGGACUCAUUGCUAUGGCGGCGGCCAUGCCCAGAAGAACUCAGGUACUUCGAUCGGUGGCGAUUAUGGUAUCAACUACGUUGCUUUCAUCUCCCUCUUUGACAGCGGCCACUUUCCAUAUCCACACCGAUUUGGCAUCAAGUUCGUCAACGUCAAUCCUGCUGCACGGACUCGCAAAUUGCAAGUCCACAGUGUCAGGCGCGGCGCUAUUGACGCCAUCCAUAAUUGCCAUGGAAUCGGCUUUUGUACUAGUGACGGUGCUAAGAAGAACGGCAGAAACGUCAGCGAACCCAACGUUGAUAAGAGCCGGAUCAAGCUCCACAUCCGCGAAAACGAGUACGAUCAACAUUUCAAUCAUUACAAUAGCGGCGUAGCGGGAUACAAAGAUGACCACAGAGAAGAUACGUGCACCAUGGACGACGCAAAUUGCCACAACGGCGGAUGCAAUGACCAGGGUUAUAGCGAAAGUCACGGAAGAAACGAUGAUCAUAGCCUUGGCAUUAAUUACGGCGGCAACUUCAAUGCCUACCAUGGUAACACUGGCAGUAAUUACGGCGGCAACUUCAUUGCCUACCACAGCAACCCUGGCAGUAACUAUAGAGGCAACCUCAAUAACUACAACGGCAUGGACCAUAAUUCUCUAUCCAGUGGAUUGGAAACCAACGGACCGCUGCAACGUGACGGCGAAGGAGUUUGUGAUGUUCUGAGGCUUUUCUCUGAUUCUGCUGAAAGACCACUUUGGGACGGCCCUCCUUUGCUUGGUCCGCUGGGCGGCGUUGUGGGAAUUGUUGCUGGCAGCAUUCUUUCAGCCGUUGGGGGAGUCGAAUUUUGCAGCAUGGUCGACGGCCCGUUCCAGGCUGUUGAGAGCGCUAUCAAUGCGGGCGCCAUCGAACGCGCGGUUCUAGCGGAGGCAGCGCUUCAAGCUCUGUUGAAACUCGAAUAUUCUACCGAAGUCGCUGAUAUAUUUGAUAUUAUCGACAUCAAGUAUCGAGCGUUGAGUCCGCAGCUGAGCUCUCUUGCUAAGGUUGCCCAUCCCUACCUAACGGAAUAUGGACUGAACCUAGCACAUCGUCAGCUCAGUCGUGUUCAAAAUUGUGAAGGCGCAUCCAUUCAUGAGUCUUUCGAUCAGAUUCCUCGUGAAAGUCUGGGGAUCAUCACAAUGUUGAAUUCGCGCCCGAGCCCCAAUUACCAUCCUGACUUUAUUGGUGGACUGCUCUCACCAACUCGGUUUCUGGUCAGCGAAGAAGACUUUUUAGGAAGCUUCAGGCAACUCAUCAUCAAAGGUAUCGAUUUUGACGGUUCAUUCCUUCAAUGCAGAGCCCAGAAAGCAAUCGAUGAAGUGGCCACACUAUUGACGAUGAUGGAGCUUUCCAAGUCAAAACUUGACUCGCUCAAGGUUCUUGUGCAGGAGAACAACGAACGGGAUAUGGAUGUCUUGGACGCCAUUCAGUACAGUAUUCACAGAAUUGCUCCACCUACGAUGCAAUUCGCCAAAAAGACCGUUCGGACAGUGGUUUCUGUCGUAUUUAAUGCGGCUUAG